AUGGCACUAGGAGAAGAUGAUAUCCUAUCGGUACCGUUUAAAUACUUCGUCUUCUGCAUUGGCGGUCUCCCAUCAUCCGCUCUUUUAAUAUGUGUACUAUUAUCCCUUUUCCUUCACUUCGAUCAGGCCACGUCUACCCAUUGCGAAGUUGCUAAUUGGUUACCAUCAAUAUCAGCAGCUGUUUCUACAUAUACACCUGAAAAGUACAUUUGGAGAAUUCUCAUAGGAUUGCACAUUGGUCCUCGUCUAGUUGUAGCUGUGGCAUUCCGCAAUUUCUUAAUGAGCUCUCCAUUGAGACCGUACACCGGAUCCAAACAGUUCAAAUUUCUAUGUAACAUAGCGUGUGGAUUGAAUCUUCUCGAAAACUUCUUCCUGUUGGCUCUAACUUCGAUUUCAUCAAGCGAAGAUCACUCUCUUCACGCAAAAUGCUUCGGAGGAUUCGCAAUAUCUUCGAUAAUCUACAUGAUAUUGAGCACUUGGUUAUUCAGUGAAUCGGGAAGAAGAAGAGCAACUAAUUUAGGAGAGAGAUCAUACGAAUAUAAAAUUCUCGGUGCUUCGAUUUUUGUAGUGUGUUUCUUCCUCGGCGGUUAUCUUUAUUGGAGGCAUAACACCUACUGUGAACCUGGAAUCUACACACUUUUCGCAUUGGUAGAAUAUUCUGCGGUUCUUUCGAACAUUUUCUUCCACUGCACCCUAUACUACGACUUCCAUGGAAAAAAUAUCGCUUUAACAUCCUCAUUCGGAAGCAGCCAUUACAAUCUUCUGCCAACUCAAAUCGAAAAAGAUACUUGA